CGCAGCCAUGAAUCCGUUAUUCGGCCCCAACCUCUUCCUCCUGCAGCAGGAGCAGCAAGGCCUGGGCGGGCCGCUGGGGGACCCUCUGGGAGGUGACCACUUCGCUGGGGGUGGGGACGUGUCCCCAUCGCCGCUGGCCCCUCCCGGCCCUGCUCCUAACUCGCUGCCUGGGCCGGGUCCGGCGCCCCCCGCCGCCAUGGCCCUCCGCAACGACCUGGGCUCCAACAUCAAUGUGCUCAAGACCCUGAACCUUCGCUUCCGCUGCUUCCUGGCCAAAGUGCACGAGCUGGAGCGCCGCAACCGACUGCUGGAGAAGCAGCUGCAGCAGGCGCUGGAGGAGGGUAAGCAAGGCCGGCGGGGCCUGGUUCGCCGCGACCAGGCCGUGCAGACAGGCUUCAUCAGCCCCAUCCGGCCCCUGGGGCUGCACUUGGGCUCCCGGCCGGCUGCCGUCUGCACCCCGUCUGCGCGGGUGCUGCUCUCGCCCGCGCGCUCGCCAGCCGGCUCCCUCGCACCCUCCGCCGCCUGCCACUCGUCACCCUCCACCUCUACCUCCACCUCCACCUCCGCUGCUUUCUCCUCGUCGGCCCGCUUCAUGCCCGGCACCAUCUGGUCCUUCUCUCACGCCCGCCGGCUCGGACCGGGACUGGAGCCCAUGAUGGUGCAGGGGCCUGGCCUGUCGUGGGUGCACCCCGACGGGGUGGGCGUUCAGAUCGACACCAUCACCCCCGAGAUUCGCGCCCUCUACAACGUGCUGGCCAAAGUGAAGCGCGAGCGGGACGAGUACAAGCGGAGGUGGGAAGAGGAGUACACAGUGCGGAUACAGCUGCAAGAGCGAGUGAAUGAACUGCAGGAGGAGGCCCAGGAGGCUGACGCCUGCCAGGAGGAGCUGGCGAUGAAGGUGGAGCAGCUGAAAGCUGAGCUAGUGGUCUUCAAAGGGCUUAUGAGCAAUAACCUGACAGAGCUGGACACGAAGAUCCAGGAGAAGGCCAUGAAGGUAGACAUGGACAUCUGCCGCCGUAUCGACAUCACCGCCAAACUCUGCGAUGUGGCUCAGCAGCGCAACUGUGAAGACAUGAUCCAGAUGUUCCAGAAGAAACUGUCUCUGCACUUGUCUCCCAUUAAGGUCCCAUCCAUGGGGGGGCGGAAGCGGGAGCGCAAGGCUGCCACCGAGGAGGACACCUCCCUGUCGGAGAGUGACGGGCCCCGCCAGCCCGAUGGGGAUGAGGAGGAGAGCACAGCCCUCAGCAUCAACGAGGAGAUGCAGCGUAUGCUCAACCAGCUGAGGGAGUAUGAUUUUGAGGACGACUGUGACAGCCUGACUUGGGAGGAGACUGAGGAGACCCUGCUGCUUUGGGAGGAUUUCUCAGGCUAUGCCAUGGCAGCUGCAGAGGCCCAGGGAGAGCAGCAGGAAGACAGUUUGGAGAAAGUGAUUAAAGAUACCGAGUCCCUGUUCAAAACCCGGGAGAAAGAAUAUCAGGAAACCAUCGACCAGAUAGAGCUGGAGCUGGCCACGGCCAAGAACGACAUGAACCGGCACCUGCAUGAGUACAUGGAGAUGUGCAGCAUGAAGCGGGGCCUGGACGUGCAGAUGGAGACCUGCCGCCGGCUCAUCACCCAGUCUGGGGACCGAAAGUCUCCUGCAUUCACUGCGGUCCCGCUUAGCGACCCGCCGCCGCCGCCGCCAAGUGAGCCUGAGGACUCCGAUCGCGAUAUCUCAUCUGAUAGCUCCAUGAGAUAGGGACCUGCCUCGGUCCCACCCUGGUGGGGACGCACCUUGCACCUCUGCAGAGUGGGGGGUUCACAGGAGGGGAACUUUAUUUGUCCCGCUGUAUGAAGCCUGGCCCCUGGAGACAGGGCUGCUCCCCCCUCGGGCUUCCUUCCUUCCUUGGUCCUUGGCCUCUCCAGGGUUCUAGGGUGUCUGGGGCAAGGCUUGGCCUGCCCUUCCCAGGCGACUCCUACCACAGCUGGGACUCUCCGGACUUCAUGCGUGAGUGUCUGCUACUCCCUAUCUUGAAAAUGCUGCCAGUGCGACUGUGGCCCCGAAACUUCUCCAUUGAUAAGGAAUGUGAUUGUCAGACCCUCCUCCCACCCUGUGGCCUACAGCCAGCUCAUGUCUGUGAUUCUGUACUGGUGCUAACUGGCCCAGGCACUGGUAUGAUGUGGGUCAGGCUGGACAUCCGGUGGCUUGUGCAGCGCAAGCCGAGGGGGAGGGUCCCUUCCAUGUUGCAGGUGGAGGAAACAGGACUGGGCAGGGUGCUGUCCUCCCUCUGUUGUCCAAGUGUCCCAGGCCCCUGCCUGUGGACAGUAGGAUGUGGCUGUGACCCCUCCCUCAUGGAAAUGCCAUACAUUGAAGGGGUCUCAGUGCCCCUUGUCUAGGUGUCUUCUGGGUCACUGGGUACAGUGUCGUGGAAGGAGAUUGGAAGCUUUAUCUCCCAGUCACCACUGACAGAAAAAGGUGAAGCUACUUAUGUGUGUGCACAUGGGUGCGUGCAUGUGCUUAGGUUCCGUUUCUGCAAGUCUCAGCUGAAGACGUGCCUCCUCCGUGUCUGUCAUACACCGAGACCAACAGGCGAAGAUGUCCGAGCUUGGAAAGGCUUGGAGAAACUGGGGAGACGCGCUUGAGACCUCAGAACUGCCUGGGGGAGGCUGUGCGGAACGGACAUUUGAAUGGAAUCUUGAUUGAGAAUGAAACCGGAGAGUUAUUUAUUGAAUGCUUUGUGUCACUGCUUGAAGCACUGUCUGGUUCUAGUCCUGUGAGGUUGCACUGGUUUCAUCCCCGCUUUAUAAACAUCAGGUGCAAAGUGCGGCACGGGAACUUAGAGUAACUUGUCCUAAGAAGCCUUGUGCAGGACCAGCGACUCAACCCAGGUAUUUGGCCUGUGCCACUGACCCGUGUGCCUCACCCACACCUCCCCUCAUUUUCUAGAGUGAUUGGUGUGUACUGCGUAUUGGCUGAGGUUCAAGUGCU